AUGACUAUGAUGUCGACAAUUGAACAUUCGGAGAUUAACCUCUUCGAGGUCAGGAUUUCAAAGAUAGCUGGACGAUAUCUAGUAUUCGACCCUGACGCACUCGCUGUCCUCAGAAGACGAGAAAAUACUACUGGUACUUUGGUUGGCACAACACCACAGCAACCAACCCAAAAUCUUUUUCUGGGAUUACCUGUGGAACUGCGACCUGAGGAAGCAUAUGCCCUUGCGCGAAAAGGAUCAGCACACAUCGUAGACGAUGUGGCUGCCCACGGCGUUGCCUUGAGCUCUUCUAACACCGAAGCUCGGUCGAUGUAUAUAGACCAUCUGCGGCAGAGCAAGCUGAUCGCGCAACACGCGUUAGCGGAACGUGCUGCCUUACGAGCAGCCCCAGUAACUGCUUAUCAGAGUCAAAACGAAGCUGGCGUCAGAUGCCCACUUAGCAAUGAUAAUAACAGCUAUAGUUUAGCCAAUGAUAUCAUCGCUUGUCCUGACGACAACCGCCACAUCAGUACCGUAGGACUUUUAGCCUUAACUCCUGUAUCAAGCAGCUUUCUGCUACUAUGGAAUGCGUUGAGAUUGUCCAACAUGCAGCUGGAUCCUGUGGCGGCGCUGUGUGGUUUUCUUCUGGGGAGAGGUAAUUAUAUGACGCCCGGGUUAAGGUUUGGUGCUCAGUAUAGUGUAUAUCCUGGUGAUCCGCUGCGUUUCCACGCACAUUUCAUGGCAAAUGAGUACGGAUGGGACGAACAAAUAGCCGUUUUGGACAUUGUUGGAGGCGGACGCCUGGCAACAGCCGUGAAGAAGGCCUUUUUGCUGGGCGGACAACAGCCGGCCCGUAACUCGCUCCCGAGUUCAGUCCGUACAUAUAGCGUCGAAUGGGCGGCCAUGUAA